UGGAGACCAAUGGAUGAGAGGAAGCAGUUCAUUCAGACUCAGAGGUUGUGUUUUGGUUGCUUGCAUGAAGGUCACACUGCCAGGUUCUGCAGGAAGCGUAGGAAGUGCAGCAUCUGUGGUGGUCUGCACGCUACUCUCCUCCACAGGCAGGGUGAGCAGCCACCCAAGUCUGAGCAGGUGAGACCCAGUGCUGCUCCCAGCAGCUCGGUUCAGGUUAGCAGUGGUGGAGUCACUGCUGACUCUGGUCAGAGAACAGGUACUCUGAUGCCUGUGGUUCCAGUGAGAGUUGUGUCACCCUCAGGGAAGACAGUGGAAACUCUUGCCUUUUGUGAUAGUGGCAGCUCUGGAACUUUCAUGAGUAAGAGUCUGGCUGAUCAGCUUGGGAUGUGCUCAAAGUCCACUACCAUUUCUGUUGACACUGUGUGUGGAUCUGGGAGUGAGAUUUCCACAUCUGUGAUGGAGGAUGUGAAAGUUGGUCCCCUGAAGGGUGAAGGUCUGUUCUCGCUCCCUCCAGUGUUCACUCUUGACCGCAUUCCUGUGUCCACUGAGGAUGUGUGUGACAGAGUUGAGUUGAGUGCUUGGCCACACCUGUGUGGUGUGGAGCUGCCGGAGACUGAUGUUGAUCUGCGUGAGGUGGAUCUACUGAUUGGUGCAAACUGUCCACAGCUGUUGGUGCCGGAUGAGGUGAGGAAGCCUGAGGGCGAUGGGCCGUGCGCUCUGCGCACCCGCCUCGGGUGGUACGUGAUUGGACCCUCCCAUCGGUCGGCUCGUGAUCCUGUGGGUCAGCACUCUGUGAACCGGAUCGGCGUUUCGCGUUCCGACAUUCCUGGUAAGGUCUCUGAGGCUGAUCUGUUCGUUCAGCUGUACGAUCAGGAUUUCAAGGACGCAGCUGAUGAGACUGAGAGUUUGUCCGUGGAGGACAAGGAGUGGGUGAGCAUGGUCAAAUCUAAGCUGAGGAAGGAUGAGAUGGGCCAUUUUGAGAUAGGUCUCCCACUCCGUGAUGUCAGUGACUUGCCGGAUAGCUACUUCACAGCUAAAAGGCGCUUGGAGCCUCUCAGGCGACGCUUGUCUGGCAACCCCGAUCUUCGUGAUGAGUAUGUUUCUGUUGUUCAGCGACUGUUUGAUGAGGGCUACGCUGAGGUGGUCCCCGAUGCUGAGGUUGAGACUGGGGAAAGGGUUUGGUAUUUGCCGCACCACGGUGUUAGGCAUCCAGAGAAGAAGAAACUAAGGGUGGUUUUUGAUUGUUCUGCAAAAACUGACGGCCUGUGUCUGAACGAUCUGCUGAUCAAGGGACCCAACCUCACCAACUCACUUGUUGGGGUGCUGCUUCGAUUCCGCCUGAAUCCUGUGGCGUUCACGUGUGACGUGGAGUCGAUGUUUCACAGGGUUCGACUGCCUGCUGCUGAUGCGAACAUGAUGCGUUUCCUGUGGUUCAGGAACGGCGAUGUCGGCGGUGACGUGGUGAUCUGCCGCAUGAAAUCGCACAUCUUCGGCGCGGUGUCUUCUCCCAGCGUCGCAGGGUUUGCACUGAGGCAGUGCGCUGAAGAAGGUAAGGCCGAGCAUCCAGAGGCUGCUAGGAUUGUUGAUCAGAGUGUCUAUGUAGACGAUGCACUGGUAUCGGCUUCAUCAGUGGAUGAGGCUGUUCGUUUGGCCAGCGAUUUGAGACAGUUAUGUCAGUCAGGCGCAUUUAACAUGCGCAAGUUCACGAGUAACAGCACAGAGUUCCUUCGGAGCAUUCCGCGUGAGGACAGGGGCAACAACGCGAAGGAUCUUGACCUCCAAGUAGAGUCGUUGACGCCAGAGCGUGCUCUAGGCAUGCUGAGGUCGGUUGAGGAUGACACGUUCCGGUUCCGCUUCGUUGACAGGCGCAGACCAGUGACGAGACGAGGCAUCUUGUCCACAGUGAGUGCUUGUUCGACUCGCUGGGCAUCGUCUCGCCAGUCACCUUGCACGGCAAGGUCUCUGUCUAGAAGCUGUGCCUGAUGUCCUGUGGCAGGGACGACGCCAUUCCGGCGCCAUUCCGGGUUUGGUGAGCUCUGUUCGGAUUUUGGUGAGCUCUACUCUGGGUUUUGGUGAGCUCGGCUGUUGGUUUGGUGAGCUCUACUCAGGGACUUGGUGAGCUCUGCUCAGGGUUUUGGUUUGGUGAGCUCUGCUCAGGGAUUUGGUGAGCUCUGUUUUGGUUUGGUGAGCUCGACUUGGAGACUUGGUGAGCUAGGCUCUGGGGUGAAGGCAUACCAGGUAGGUUUGCUGACGAGCAGUUCUCCACCCAGCAGUGGAGAAGGGUCCAGUACCUCGCUGACCAGUUUGGCUCAGAUGGAGGCGCGAGUACUUGCCGACCUUACAGCGGCGCCAGAGGUGGGUAUCUAAGUCUAGGAACGUAGGGCAAGGAGACGUCGUGUUACUGAUAGAUGAGGAUGUGCCGAGAGGUCAUUGGCGCAUGGGCAAGGUGACGCAGACGUUUCCGAGCAAGGACGGUUUGGUGAGAAAGGUGUCCCUGAGAACUGGUGGCACGGUUUUGACGCGGCCGGUGCAUAAGCUGAUCGUCCUGCUGCCGACUGCUGACCGGAGCCUGAGCUAGAUUGCGAUCGUCUGGAGCCGACUGCGGCUCAGACCUGAGUUACCGAGUGUUGUCGCGGCGCGGUGAUAGUUAAGUGUUUUAUUCGGUGUUUAGUGUUAAGUGUUAAGUGAUGAGUGUUAGGUGUCCUCAAUCCUGUCGGUUGAGCGGGGGCAGUGUUGGCGCCGUUGUCGCCUGGCGAUGCUAACUUUUAGUUGUCCGGGCGAUUGACAGAUGGCGGUGUGGUUUUCGGUUGCCCAUUUGUUAUCGAUUUAUUGAUAUGUUUGCUUUUUGGUUUGGUGCCUUGUUUCUUUUGGUUUAUUUUAGGUAUCGGUUUGUAAUUUAGUUUUGUAUUGUGAUCCGCGGUCAUAAGUUAUUUGGAUUUUGUUCGAUUUACUGACCGUGACCUCUACGGUCACGUGACCCGGCGCCGGCUGACCUGCCACGUCACCCUUCUGGGUCAGCGGAGGGGCGGCCGGCGAGGCAGCGCCCAUUCUUGGUUGGCCUGUCGCGGCGGCGUUAGCGUGCCGCGCAUCGGUUUGGUUUGGUCGUGUUUGGCUUGGUUCGGCCGUUCGACGUUUGGAGUGCACAAGGGCGCACCGUGUAGAAACCGCUACGCUUUGUUCCGUUCUGCUGCGCUACGAGCAAUAUAUGGUCAGCACAGGCGGA